CGAGCCGAAGGGGAGGAUGCCAGCCGGGCCGGGGAAGAGCCGCUGGGCGGGGGCCUGGCCCUGCCUCCCCACCGCCGCCUGCCUCACCGCGCUGCUGUCCCUGCUGGUGUCCGGGCCCGGCCUGCUGCACAGGGCGGGGGCCGCCGGGCCGCCUCCCCCCUCCGCGUGCUCGCUGCGGCCCGGGCCGGUGCGGGAUGGGGAAGUUCACAGACUGGUGACCUAUAUCUUUGUCUAUGAAGAUCUGAUAUCCCUGGUAUGCAGUGGCGUUAUCAUCUGGUACUUUGCUGGCAGCUUUGAGAAGAACGUAGGCACAGUGAAGCAUUGCUUCGUCACCUUGGCCUUCGCCAUUUCUUCGGCUCUUUUGUAUCUCUUAUUUGAGGCUGUCGUCUCUGGGGUGUCAGAAGUGGAAGAUGCCAAAGGAUUUAUACCAGUUGCUUUUGCCAUGUUGGCAGUGUCCACCACGCGUUCACGGAUGAGAAGGGCACCACUUUUUGGGGUUAACGUUCCCAUGGUGCUGGUGCCCUGGUUAAUGCUCUGCGUGGCAUGGUUUAUUCCCCACUCCUCUCUCCUGAGUAACGUAUGUGGCCUCGUAGUUGGGAAAGCCUAUGGUCUUGGCUAUUGCUUUUGUUUGGAUCUCCCGGAGUCGGUGGUAUCUAAGCUGGAUCAGAAGUUCCCUUUCAGCCUGCUGAAGAGAAUACCAGGGCUGAAGUAUAUUCCAGGGUCUUUAGCAGAGAGAAGAGCCUCCCAGAGUAGGAAGAUUAAUCCAGUGCCAGGCUCAUACCCUACCCAGAGCUACUAUUGCUCUUCACCUCCAGCCCUUCCUGUGGUUCAGCUGCAGCACCCCAGUGCCCAGAGCCUGGGAUCCUGCCACAGCUGCACACCAGCGCACAUCCAUGGUUCCCCCCCAUACCAAACCAACCCUGCCUUUGGGAAAUUCUAUGUGCAGAGCCACUUUGGUGCCUCACCUGGACACUGCUGCCAACCAGCUGAUCCCCACUCCCCCCAAGGUGCAUGUCUGCCUGAUUCUCGGAUACCCACGGGGAUGGAGAACUUGGAGGCCAAGUUUCAGUACGCAUCAGGUUCCCCUGCAGAGAAAGUGCCAGCUGAGCUUUCAGGAGUCCAGAUACACUGAUCAUCCAAAGAAGAGCAGGACCCUUCUCCUCUCGCCGACCAUUGUGUGAACAGCUUGCAAUGGAGUGAUGCUGAGAAAGGAGACUGCUUCAGAAGGAUUCAUCUGAUUUUAACUGAUGGUGCCUGGGAUGACUGGGGUCAAAUCGGACCGUCGACCACAGCCCCUGAGUUUUCUCUCCCACUGCAGACUGCUUAUAGACAUUUUUUCCAAGGUUCCGGUUCUUUCUUUUAUUUAUUUUCCUUUUUAAUUUUGAUACAUUUUUUAUCUUGGCUGAAGGCUGUGACCAUUACCUGUCUGUCCUUCAUUCUCAUGUGGAUUCCUCACUACACAUUGGGGCUAUGGCCUUAUCUCUCUAUACUACAGCUCGGGUCCUGGUUACAACAUACUUGUCCCUUGACUCAAUUAUGCUGUAGUGUAGAUGGGCAUGAAUGGUCAAAACACUGGACUAGUUGGGUUUUAACCUGACUACAGGGACUAAGGUAGGUCCUUGACUCAUUUACAGUUCCAGUAUAGCCAGGACCCAUAUGCUGGGUUUCCGGUCACCUGCUUGCUGUAUAACUGACACCGGAUUAAUUUAACAUCAGUGUUUAAAUGGAGAUGGGGAAGAGAGAGCUGCUUUUAUAGUUAUGCCUUGGAAAGGGUUGAUGCUGACAUGGUUGCAGGCUGUGUGUUUGAACGGGUUUGUGUUUCCAUGGGGAAGUUCUGUGCGCUGUGUUACCUAGGAGGACAGAUAAGAUGAUCACAGUGGUCCUUUCUGGCCUUGGAAUCUGAGCUGAGAUUGGGGGGGCGGUGGAGUGAACUAUAUGGUGGCAUUUUCUGCCACGCAGAAUAGCUGCUGUUCCAUCUGCUAGAGAGUCUCUAAUUAGCAUCAGCCACGCGGGCUGCCUUCUUCAUGUUGCUGUCACGUAGUCUCCACGGCAGGCACCUACAGUAACUUUGCAUGCUGCCCACAAUGCCAGCUUUGAUUCAUGAGGCUGUCCUAGAUAUUUGCAAAAGGGGUGGGUGAAUCUUAUUUAAGGGAUUUAGGAUAUUCACAGGGAGUAUGAGGGUAGACUUAAGCUACUGUAUAUAAAUUAAUAAAUUCCAAGGCUUGAGAAGGGCUUUUAAAACGAACAGGGCUGAAUCAAAUGGAAUUUAGCUGUGACCCUUCUAUGCAGCAUUUGAUGAGCUUUUAGAAUGGUCUUUGGUGCCAAAGUUAGUAUUGGAGACAACUAACAUAAGCGGGGGGUUGUGGGAGGUGUCUGCUAGUUAGAUCAGCGUGCUGGGACUCAAAAGAUCUGUGUUCUAGUCCCAGGUCUGUCACUUCUCACUGUAUUAUCCUGGAUGGAAAGUUCAUUAAUCUAUGUUUGUUUCCCCAUCUCUAAAAUGGGGAUAACUUCUGGCUCCUAGAGGGAAGUGAAAUUUACUUCUUAUUUUAAGAGUGUGUUGAAGUACUUAGAAAAGAUGUUGAAUGAAGUGAAAACUAUCAUCGUAAUUCACCGUGCCUAACAUUGCUAUAGGCACCAAAGUAAAAGAAAACUGCAUAUCAGGGAGAAUAUGAUGGUUUCUAUUCUGUUCCGCAUCAGGAUUCUUGGGUCAGGCGAGAAGGGCUAGAUUAGGCGCUGACAUCAGUAUUUAUAGAUCACCGACUCCUAAAUUUUCAUCCUGUCAGUGUCUGAAAGGGCAAGGUCCCUCUGCGUUGAUGCUCCACUACCAGCUAUUAAUGUGAAUAUCAGGUGAUUGCCAAUCACCAUAGGAAGACAGAGACAUUGAGAGAAGACUGAGGUACAAAAUUAGAACCUUGUGGGCCAGGGUUGGAAUAGCCAGGAGAGUCGCAUGGGAAGAUGGAGGUCUCUGGGCGGAGCUGUCUGACGAAGAUGCGGCUGGUCUCAGAACCUGUGUGUGUUACUGCUGGAGAUGGCUGCGGUUACCAUCUCAUUCACAAACACAACAAUUCACUGUGCGCCACCACAUUUUCAAAGGUGACUUAUGCGAUGGUGUACCUCUUCCCUAGGCGCUGGAAGCAUUUCUACUGUGACUGUAUUUAAUGCAGGGUGACAGAUGAGAUGCUUUUCUAGAGGUUUUGUUCUGAUUUUGUUUAAAAGCCUAGAAGAAACACUAGAGAUAGGGAUAAAAUCAAGGGGGGGGGGGUGAGUGACCACUGUCAGUCAAACACAUGCCUAUAUUUCUACAUUGGUCACUGACAGGUGUGAGGCCUUUUGCCUACAAACCAAUAGGCUCUACCAAAAAUAUUUCCAAAUGCUGUAGCAUAGAGAUGAGUGUUGGUACUGGCUGCUUUAUAUACAUUUCCAUGUAAAAUGUAACCUUUUAGUUUAAUUUGAAAAGCAAACGACUUAGUAGCCUCCUCUGAUUUCCUGGCCGAAACCAAAAACGGGAGUGUCUCUUCUGUAGUGUCUGGGGAUCACAUUCAUCACUGGUGGAGCCCCACACUUGCUACAGCACGCUAGCUCUGUUAGUCGGUGAAGAGACACACCCACUGGUGAACGUUGGUACUGCAGAGGUAAUGGGGAACGUUAACCCUUCUCGUCAUUGCUGAAUGCAGUGUCUGACAGACAUCAUCUAAUGGUAUAUGCUCGUGGAAAGGCAUAUCCACUAAAAUAUUGACUUAUAAAAGUUGCUCCCAUGUCAGUCACUGUGAGAGCAGUGAAGGACGUCCCCAAGGUAUAACGAGUUUACAAAACUUCAGCUAAAAGGAACUUCCCUUACUCUGCCCUCCCUGUUGGGUGUAAAGCCUGGGUAAAUCAAGCCCUUGCACCAAGCUGGUCAGGAAGCCAGGCCUUUGUUGGAUGAACAGGGGAUGUGUGCUGCAGCCAAGGAGCCCCCAGCUGUUCAAACUUGGAGAGCAGCCCAGCUGACCUCACUUCCCAGGAUCAGGCAUGAAGACUGAAUUAUCUUCUGAGUGCACAAAUCAUGCAGGGCUUUGUAGGUCAAAGUCAGCCCUUCCAGUUGCACCUAGAAACUGUCUGGAAACCACUGGUGCAGGCUCUGAAGACAGGAGUUGUGUGCUUUGUAUGAGAACCACAAGUGGUGGGUGGCUGCUUUCUUCAUUAGCUGAAAUGUCAAGUAGUCUUCAAGCGUAGCUCACAGCGCAUUACUAUCGUUCGAGCUAGUGGUGAAAGGCUGAUUAGCGGUACAAGCAAGGUCUGUAUUGGAGAGGGAGGUUCACACCCUCCUUGCCAGAUGCAGAUGAAAUAAAUGUUGGCGACUGCUGUCAACUGAGAACCCGCUAAGACGUUUAGCUUGUCAAUCAUAGUAAUGCUAACCAUCUCAAGGGAGGGAGAAGAAAUCACUUCUGCCGCAAUGCGACCUUUAUCUUACCUGGAGUAAGUUACAAACAACUCGCUUUUAUCCAAGUGCUGAUCUCUGCCCAUUGCUGCACCGUUUCCGUCCAACAAGAGGAGACUGGGGAGGGGAUGAGUUGGGCCAUUGUUUUCUUAAUGCAUGUGCUUGGAUUCAAACACACUUGAAAAAU